AUGCUUGUCAGGAACUAAUGUUGUUUAUGCUUCAGAAAUAAUUACUAAUUUAUAAAAUCUUUUUUUUCUUGGUAAUUCUAGCAUCGCUUCUUUUCGUUCUGCAUCUGAUUACCCAUGUAAAUUCGUGUAUCUUAUCUUACCAUUCCAAAGGUCCCUGAAACUCUGCCUGAAGAGGUGCUCGGCAAGAUGGGCGCGCCACCGAAGACCGACGCACCGAUCAUCACGCCGCAGGAGCUCGCGGAGGCCGAUGGGAUCCUCUUCGGGUUCCCCACGAGGUUCGGCAUGAUGGCCGCGCAGAUGAAGGCGUUCUUCGACGCCACCGGCGGGCUGUGGCGGGAAAAGAGCCUGGCCGGCAAGCCCGCGGGCAUCUUCUUCAGCACCGGCACCCAGGGCGGCGGGCAGGAGACCACGCCGCUGACGGCGGUGACGCAGCUGACGCACCACGGGAUGGUGUUCGUGCCGGUGGGGUACACGUUCGGCGCCAAGAUGUUCGACAUGGAGAGCGUGCACGGCGGCAGCCCGUACGGCGCGGGCACGUUCGCCGGGGACAGGUCGCGGUGGCCGACGGAGGUGGACCUGGAGCACGCCUUCCACCAGGGCAAGUACUUCGCCGGCGUCGCCAAGAGGCUCAAGGGCGGCUCCGCCUGAUGAUCCGGCGAUCGCCGUGCCAACGUGCUAUGCACGUACGUUGUGUACGUACACUUGUGAUUGUGAAGACGUGCAUGGUACACCGGUGCAUCUACAGCU